AUGCCAGCCCUGAGCACCCCCCAGUACCCCCGCAGCUUCCCCCGCAUCCCGUGCACCCCGACACACGCACGAGGCGUCCCCCGUGUCCCCGCGGGACACGUGUGCCCGGGCUUGGGGGGGACGAGGGAUACGGUGCCGGGAGAAGGCCGCAAGCGGUGCGGCGAAGUUACCGGAGGCGGCCGGGAGAUGCUGAGUCACGGCUCGGGUCCGCUCCUGGCACCGGCAUCGCGGCGGGACCGGCAUCGGCGCCAGCCUCGCUCCGUGCCCGGGGCGGCAGCCAGCACCCAACCGUGCCCGUGCCGGUGCCAGCCUCGCUCCGUGCCCGGCGGCAGGCACCGGCGUCCUUCCAUGUUCUCGUGCCGUGCCUCAGUUUCCCCUCAGCGUCCUUCGGUGGAGGCCUUCCUGUCCCUGCAGCGUGGGGGAACCAUCCCCAUCUUCCUCACCAUCACCAGGGAGACGGGAGGAGGAGAAGGGCCGUUUCCCAUGGCGACCGCGCAGGCACCCAUCCUGCCUCCCCAGCGGUACCCGGUCCCAGCACAGCCGCCUUCGUCCAGCCCAAGCCAAAGGUUGCCGGCGGCCGAGCGGGAGGUGGCAGGCGGCCACCCAGGCCGGCCGGCCGGGCUCUGGCAUCGCCAUGCCCGGAGAAUCGGUGAAAACCGAAGGGUUGGGGGGAUUGGAGAAGGAAAACGGAAUGCCGGAGGGAUCGGAGGCAGCCCCCCCGCCGGCCACGAGCCCCCCCGCCGAUGCCCGCCAAGGAGGAGGCUCGCCCGCAGCCCGAGGGGGCUAGCUGCGACCCCGGCCCCCCCCCGCCCCGCCGCCGCUCCCCCCGGCGAGGCCUGCCGGCCCCCCCAGCCCGCGGACCCCUGGACACCCGCAUCGUCAUGGGCGAGGAGACGCGCUCCCCCGCCGCCCCCGAGCUCCGGGGGGGUCCCCCGCCCGCCCGCCGUGCCUUGUCCUUUCCCCGCUCCCACCAAAGAACCCCCCCAGCGCCAAGCGGCCGAGCCCCCCCCGGGCAGACCCCCCGCCGCCAGCCUGGACCCCGACCUCUUCUUCACGGCUCCCUCCACCCCGAUCCGGGUCGGGGGGUCCCGGCUGGCCAGCCCCCCCGAGGAGCAGACGGACGGGGAGAGCGAGGGGCUCUGCUCCCCCCCCACGUCCCCCUCCGGGUCCUACAUGACGGCCGAGGGGGGCAGCUGGGGGUCCUCCGGCACCGCCAGCACCUCCCCGUCCUGCUCCCCAACCUGGCGGCCGAGGCCGAAGCCAUGGCGGCGGCCGAGGCCGAAGGCAAUGGCCGAGGUCGAAACCGUGCCGGCGUCGCCCGCCUGCCUGGAGGAUCCCCCUGCCUUCACCCCGCCGUCUCCCGAGGAGGAGGAGGAGGAGGAUGAAGAUGACGGACCCUUCGCUCCGCCGGGGGGGAUGAGGAGGAGGAGGAUGGACGGACGCCGGAGGCUGAUCCCGGCGGCGCUGCUGCCCUUCCGCGGCAGCCUGCUCUUCCAGGCCGAGGCGGUGGAGAUCGCCCCGCUGCCCCACGGCACGGCACCCCUGCCCCUCUCCGGUGAGGAGGAGGACGAGGAGGAGGAGGAGGACGAAGAUGGCAGCACCUCAGCCUCCUUCCUGCGCUCGCUGUCGGAGACCUCCAUCACCGAGGGGGUGGACGAGUCCUUCGCCUUCCGCGACGACACCUCCGCCUCCUCCGACUCGGCCGCCUACGACGGCGAGGAGGACGAGCGGCUCUACGGCACUGAGCGCCAUGCCGUGGGGGCUGAGGGGGGGGCCCCCGGCACCGCCACCGCUCCCCCCCCGGCACCGAUACCUCUGGGGACGGUGGCAUCGAGCUCCACCUUCAUGCCGGGACGGACCCGGUCGGCUCUGGCUCACCGGAGGGGUCCCCGCGGCGGCACCACCACGGCGAGGAGCCGGCGAGCGCGGUGCCCGGCGGGGAGGACGCCGGCGGGGAUGACCUCAGCGCCGAGCGGAUGGAGCCGGGGACGCUGGGAGCAGGAUGGCGGCGAGAACCCCCCCGGCACCCUCCGGAGAAGGUGGCGUGGAGCCAGACGCCCGGGGACCCCCAAAACCGACGGGCCGGGGAGGGACGACACGGCACCGGCCAACGGGGAGCCACAGGGUGGCCCUGGGAGUGACGGCGAUGAUGGUGACAGCGACGAUGAGCUUGGCACCGUGAGAGCAGGGAGCAAUGAGCUGGCAGCCACCGAUGGCCCCGAUGAGCUGGACGUCAUGGCCGCUGACCCGGCACCGUCGCCGGACACCGUGGGCAUCGAGCCGGCACCGUCGGUGACACCCAGCCCACCAAACGAGCCGGACACCGUGGGCAUCGAGCCGGCACCGUCGGUGACACCCAGCCCACCAAACGAGCCGGACACCGUGGGCAUCGAGCCGGCACCGUCGGUGACACCCAGCCCACCAAACGAGCCGGACACCGUGGGCAUCGAGCCGGCACCGUCGGUGACACCCAGCCCACCAAACGAGCCGGACACCGUGGGCAUCGAGCCGGCACCGUCGGUGACACCCAGCCUGCUGGAUGAGCUGGACACAGCAGCCACCGACCCUGACCUGGUGCCAUCGGUGACGCCAAGCCCACCAAAUGAGCUGGAUGUGGCAGCCACCGACCUGGUGCCGUCGAUGACACCCAGCCUGCCAGAUGAGCCGGACACGGUGGCCACUGACCCAGCGCCAUUGGUAACACCCAGCCCGCAGGAUGAGACGGAUGUCACAGCCACCAACCUUGACCUGGUGCCAUCGGUGACGCCCAGCCCGCCGGAUGAGCCGGACACGGUGGCCACCGACCUGGGUGCGUUGGUAAUGCCCAGCCUGCCAGAGGAGCCGGACACUGCAGCCACCGACCCUGAGCUGGUGCCAUCGGUGACGUCCAGCCCGCCGGAUGAGCCAGACACCGUGGCCGCUGACCUGGUGCCGUCGGUGACACCUAGCCCGCCGGAUGAGCCGGACACUGUGGCGGCUGACCCGGUGCCAUCAGGGUUGCCGGAUGAGCCGGACACCACGGCCACCGACAUGGUGCCAUUGGUGACGCCCAGCCGGCCGGAUGAGCCGGACACCGUGGCCACCGAUGUGGUGCCGUUAGUGAUGCCAGCCCGCCGGAUGAGCCGGACACCGUGGCGGCUGACCCGGUGCCAUCAGGUUUGCCAGAUGAGCCGGCCACCAUGGCCACUGACGUGGUGCCACUGCCGGACAGCGCGGCCCGCCGACCCCGACCUGGCACCGUUGGUGAUGCCAGGCCGGCCGGCCGGCGUCGCGGGCACCGUCCCCCCCCCGCCGCAAGACGCGUCCCCCUCGCGAUGCCGACGAGGAACCGGCGGAUGGGGCGGCCUCGGCCGGCGAGUCCCCGGAGCCACCGGUGACCGCGUGUCCCUCGGCGCAGGGGACGAUGGCGCGUCCCCCCGGGGACGUCGGCGAAGCCCCCGAGGAGUGGGACGCUGCCACCCGCCUCCUCCGAGGAGUCCGUCCCCGGAGCUGCUGGAGACCUCCCGCUCCCGCACCGACUCCAGCUUCUUCACCGCCCCCGAGGACAGUGCUGGGGAGGCGGCCGCCCCCCCCAGACCCCCAUUUUCCGACGAGGAGGAGGAGGAGGAGGAAGAGGAUGCCGCCCGUCGCUGCCUGGCCCUCUGCCUCCCCGCCUCGCCCCCCGCCAUCCCCCCGUUGAUCUUCACCGCUUCGGAGCGGGAGGUGUACGUGGGGGCCCCCCCGGCCCCCCUUGAACUGCUCCAACCACCCGGUGCCUUUUCGGAGAGCGGGGCGGCCCUGGCAGCGCGGGAGGACCGGCAGCGGGUCACCGCCAUGUUACGGGGCUCCUUUGGGGAUCUGCCGGCCCCCCGCCCUCCUCCCCAGGCCCCUGGAGCCCCCCCGAGGUGCUGGCAGAGCCCCCCCAGAGCCCUCCCGGCGAUGGGGGGGCGGAGGAGCCCCCGACCCCCCCAAGAGCCCCUGACCCCCUCGGCCGGGCGAUGAGCCCGAGCCAGACUGCUGGGGAAACCGAUGCCAAAGUCCUGGGGGAGGGUGGCCCCCCCAGCCCCCCCAGCGAGCCCCCGGCACCCCCCCGGCAGCAGGAGGAAGAGGAGGCGACGGCGGGGGCCCCCUCCAGCCCCCCAGCUCGCUCCGGGUGCCGGCGAAGCGGAGGAUGCUCAGCCGGAGCCGGUUGGGGAAGCGGCACCCCAAGCCCCCCCUGAGCCCCCCAGCCCGCCGCCGGCCCCCCGCCCUCCGCUCCCCAAAGUCUGCCAAGUGCCUCCUCUCGCCGUCCGCGCCGCCGUCGCCGUGCCCGGAUCCGGCCCGCGGCCCCCAGGACACCUCAGGGCUCCCCGCCGGCGAGGAGCGUCCGUCUGUCCUGCCGCCUCCAGGAAGCACCUCGAGGCCCCCCAGCCCUCCCCACGCAAGGAGAAGGAGGCCCGAGGCAGGCAGGCAGGGACGGGCAGCGCAGGCAGCCGGGGACCCCCCCGGGGGUCCCUGCAGUCGGAGUCGAGCUCCUCCAGCGAGGCGGAGGCUCCGUACCCCUGCCCCGAAAUCCAGCGCCUGCGGGAAGCCGCCGGCAUCGCCCCUGCGCCAGGACAAGCAGCCCCCCGGCCCCCCGCCGCUGCGAGGCAACCAAAAGGGUCGUGUAACGAGUCGGAGAGUAACGACGAGUCCAUCCCUGAGCUGGAGGAGCCCGAAGGCUCGGAGCCGCAGCCGACCCCAGACCCAGGUGGGCUCACCCACUCGCUGGGCACCGGGGAGGAGACCGUCAGCAAGGCGAAGCAGAGCCGGAGCGAGAAGAAAGCAGGAAGGCCAUGUCCAAGCUGGGGCUCGCGGCAGAUCCACGGCGUCACCCGCAUCCCACAUCACCGCAAGUCCAAGAACAUCCUCUUCGUCAUCACCAAACCCGACGUCUUCAAGAGCCCCGCGUCCGACAUCUACAUCGUCUUCGGGGAAGCCAAGAUCGAGGACCUGUCGCAGCAAGUGCACAAGGCGGCGGCGGAGAAGUUCAAGGUGCCGAUGGAGCACUCGCCCCUGAUCACGGAGACGGCCCCCACCCUCACCAUCAAGGAGGAGAGCGAGGAAGAGGAGGAGGUGGACGAGACGGGGCUGGAGGUGAGGGACAUCGAGCUGGUGAUGGCCCAGGCCAACGUCUCGCGCCCCAAAGCCGUGCGGGCGCUUCGGCACAACAACAACGACAUCGUCAACGCCAUCAUGGAGCUGACUAUGUAGCGGCCGGGAGCAUCCCGGCCCCCCUGUAUAGAUGCACAGUUACUCCCCCCCCCCCCCGCCAUCCUUCCUCUAGACCCCCCCAUACUCCUCUGCGUCUGUAACGCUCAAUAAAUGGCCUCAUGUAUCACUUGGAUCGCA